GAAACACCAUUGUUCGUCAGGCCACUAACUUUCUCUCUCUCUCUCUCUCCGAAAAGAAUCUCAUCGUACUCAAUCCGUAGAUCUCUGCUCCCAUCCCCUGUCCCAAAAAAAAAAAAAACCAUGUUAAAUUCCACACCACCAAAAACAGAGCUCCCAGAUUGUCACUACAGAGACCAACCAACUUUGAUCCCGCCGAUCGCCCCAACUCCCGCCCACUCCCUCUACCUUUCCAACGUUGACGACCAGAAAUUCCUCCGAUUCUCCAUCAAGUACCUCUACGUCUUCCGCAAAUCCAUCGCCGCCGAAUCGCUGAGGGAGUCCCUCUCCAGAGUCCUCGUCGACUACUACCCGCUCGCCGGCCGCUUGAGGAAGAGCCCCGGCGGGGACGGCGAGAAGCUGGAGGUCGAUUGCAAUGGGGAAGGCGCUCUUUUCGCUGAAGGGUUCAUGGAUUUCGCCGUCGAUGAGUUUCUCGGAAUCUCCGAGAAGCCCAAUCGGUCCUGGAGGAAGCUGCUUUUCAGAGUUGAAGGGCAGAGCUUCUUCGACAUCCCUCCGCUUGUCGUCCAGGUGACGAAUCUCCGCUGCGGGGGAAUGAUUCUCUGCACGGCGAUCAACCACUGCAUCUGCGACGGGAUCGGGACCGCACAGUUCCUCCACGCCUGGGCCCACGCAGCCACCACCAGACCCAAUCUCGACCGUCCGAUCAAGCCCUUCCACCACCGCCACGUGUUAAAACCCCGAAACCCGACCCGAACCAACCCAACCCACCCGGGCUACCUGAUCCACCCCGACCAGCCGGACGGCGCCGUGGACGUCCACCGCUACCUCCUCUCGCAGCCGGUGGUCCCGUCGUCCACCACGUUCUCCGCCGCCGACAUCCUCCGGCUGAAGCGGCAGUGCGUCCCCUCGGUGAAGUGCACGGCGUUCGAGGCGCUCGCGUCGCACACGUGGCGUGCGUGGGUCCGGUCCCUGGACCUCCCGCCGACGGUAAACGCCAAGCUGCUGUUCUCAGUCAACGUGAGGAAGCGGGUCGACCCGGCGCUGCCGGACGGGUACUACGGGAACGGGUUCGUCCUCGGGUGCGCGCAGACGGCCGUUAGGGAUUUGACGGCGGGGACGAGGAGCCUGCACGACGCCGUUAGGCUCGUGCAGGAGGCGAAGUCAAACGUGACGGGGGAUUACGUCAGGUCGUUGGUUGACUUGAUGGAGGGCAGGAGGGUAAAAACGGAUUUGAGUGCGAGUUUGGUGAUUUCGCAGUGGGCGAAGUUGGGAUUGGAAGAUUUGGAGUUGGGAGAAGCUGGGAAAGGGGUUUUUAUGGGGUCGGUGACGAGUGAUAUUUACUGCCUGUUUUUGCCGGUCGUCGGAGAUGCGGAGGCGGUGAGGGUGCUGGUGUCGAUGCCGGAGACGGCGGUGGAGAAGUUUGAGUUUUAUAUGAGGGAGUUUAGUGAUGAGAAAGGGAUGGUCGUUGAUAAUGGAGGAGAGGUUAAUUAUCAGAAUGGUACCAAUGGGUUUCAUGAUCAUGAUCAUGAUCAUUUUACAUGAGAAUGAGGGGGACUAGAUUGAAGGAAAGUGAAAAAUGUGAGGGCUACUAUUACAUGUAUCUUUUCUUAGUUAACCUCCAAUGUCAUAUUUAGUCAUGAUAAUUGAUAACCAUUGUGCAAUGUAAUGGUAGUAUGAGAGUGAGUGGGUGCAUGGUGAUAAUUGUGACUUGUUAGAUGUGUUCACAAAAUUUUGAUCAAUGGAAAUUAUGCAUGUGACUAGACUACCUAUGUUCUUGCUUUAGAUUGGAAGUGUUUAACUAAUCCAUUAGACUUUAAUUUCAGCAAGAUCCAAAGGGAGAAAUUAAUUUGAAUUCUUCAU